AUGCUAAGAUAUUCAACACGUUUAUUUCUGACUUCGGGAUUGCUAUGUGUAUGCUCCUGGGCAUAUACUAUAACACCCUACGUCCAGGAAGGCUUGCCCAGCUACACGGAUGUUACAACUGCUCCGUUCCUGAAGAUCGGCACUGGCUUUUACUACUUCGAGAACACAACGAAGAACUGGUUCGAAGCAUUUGCCAGUUGCCGUCAGAUGAGUGCCCAGCUGAUUAGCUUCGAGACUGUAGAGGAAUGGUCUUUAAUUAUGGACUAUCGAAGGACUAUCAAGGACACAAAUAGGUAUUGGACCUCAGGCACAGAUCUGGGCUCGGAGGGAUCACAUGUGUGGCUCGCUACUGGCAAGCCAAUGGACAUAAACGUUUGGACCGUCAAUAAUCCCGACAAUUACAAGAACAAUGAACACUGCGACGAGCUUGGUUGGCGUCCAGCUAAUUCCCCAACGGACGGCUUGAAUGAUGUUGCUUGCUCCGCCAAAUUGCGCUAUAUUUGCGAGGCAUCUCCACCACAAACUGCUUCGUUCAUAAUUUGGUAAAUGUAACUUUAGAUAGGAGCAAAUGCGGUCCUUGGAAAAGUCUGUCCUUAGAGAGAGAGGGCAAGAAAGAGAAAGCAAAAAGUGGGUGAAUGACGGAACCUGCAUGACGCAAGUAGUGGGAAUAAAAAUGAGGGAGAUAGAGGUUGAAAGGGCGGUAGAGAGUAGAGAGAGACAGAGAGAGAGAUCGGGAGAGAGAAGAGAGAGAGAUAGUGUGAGAGAGAGAAGCUUGAUAGAUACUACAGCACAGGCUGUAAGAGAGGAAGUUUAAUUAAAAGGUGGUAGAAGUGAGACAGAUAAGGGG